AUGGCUCCAAUGGCGACUCAGGUAGUUGCGGGAGGCAAGGAUGUGUCGAGAUACCACGCCUCGUCGACCGAGUCCGCCAUCGCGGAGGAGGCCCAGUACGCUGCCCACAACUACCACCCGCUGCCGGUCGUCUUUGCGCGGGCAUCAGGCACCUCCGUCUGGGACCCCGAGGGCAAGCACUAUCUCGACUUCCUGUCCGCCUACUCCGCCGUCAACCAGGGCCACUGCCACCCCGAGCUCGUCAAGACCCUGACCGAGCAGGCUGCCACCCUCACCCUUAGCUCCCGCGCCUUCUACAACGAUGUCUUCCCCAAGUUCGCCAAGUUCGUCACGGAGUACUUCGGCUACGACAUGGUCCUGCCCAUGAACACCGGUGCUGAAGCUGUCGAGACCGGCAUCAAGAUCGCCCGUAAGUGGGGAUACAAGGUCAAGGGCAUUCCACAGAACGAGGCCAUCAUCCUCAGCGUCGAGAACAACUUCCACGGACGUACCUUUGCUGCCAUCUCCAUGUCUACUGACCCCGAGUCGAGAGAGAACUAUGGCCCUUACCUGCCAAACAUCGGCAGUGUCAUUCCUGGCACCGAUAAGCCCAUUGUAUACAACGACAAGGAGUCUCUCCGCCAGGCCUUCGAGGCUGCUGGCCCCAAGAUCGCUGCUUUCCUUCUCGAGCCCAUCCAGGGUGAGGCUGGUAUCAUGGUCCCUGACGAAGACUACCUCCGCGAGGCCAAGGCUCUCUGCGAGAAGCACAAUGCUCUCCUGAUCUGCGACGAGGUCCAGACUGGUAUUGCCCGUACCGGAAAGCUUCUCUGCCAGGAGUGGAGCGGCGUCAAGGCUGAUCUUGUCCUUCUCGGCAAGGCCAUCUCCGGCGGCAUGUACCCCGUCUCCUGCGUUCUCGGACGUAAGGAUGUUAUGCUUACCGUCGAGCCCGGCACCCACGGCUCUACCUACGGCGGCAACCCACUCGGCUGUGCCAUUGCCAUCCGUGCCUUGGAGAUCAUCCGUGAGGAGAACAUGGUUGAGCGUGCCGAGACUCUCGGACAGCAGUUCCGUGCCGGUCUGAACGCCAUCAACGACCCCAUGAUCCAGACUGUUCGUGGCAGAGGUCUGUUAAACGCUCUUGUUGUCGACGAGUCCAAGACCAACGGACACUCUGCGUGGGAUCUGUGCAUGUUGAUGAAGUCCAAGGGACUUCUCGCCAAACCGACCCACCAGAAUAUAAUCCGAUUCGCUCCACCGCUCGUCAUCACUGAAGAGCAGAUCAAGGAAUCCCUCAAGAUCAUCGAGGAGGCCAUCAAAGAGCUUCCAACUUCCCCAAAGUAA